CUUUAGACCAACUGCUUUGCUUUUUCUUUUUGGCUUGCUACAUGAUCUAUUUUGUUUUAUACAUUUGUACUUUACAUACCCAAGACUCUACGUUUGCCUUGCAAGACAAGGGAAUUAUUAUUGUGGUCUCCAUCUGAUUAGACUUCGAGAGGUCUGAAGUGUGUCACAUCUUCGGCCAAGCACGACAAAGACCCCACAAUUUAGGCCGCCUCUCUUUUGGGCACACCGCUCGACUCCGCAGUGGAUCCUCGUUGGAAUGCAAUGGGUCUGAGAUAACACUCUGUCUUACGUCGUUUCCCAUUUCUCUUUGUGCCUUUUUAAAUUUCGCAACGUCUCUACGAAAAAUCCCCUCAUUUUGCAAGUAACCCAAGAGGAUGGAAGCCGCAGAGCGGCCGAUGGCCGUGAUGAUUGAGGAUACUAUCUCGGCCGAAAAGAUGGUUGGAAGAGCAGAAUCAAGCAACCAGAGCCUUGAGGCGGCGAAAGAUAUUGUCUUUGGAUCAGCUGCGGGCAUAGCAGGGAAAUUCGUCGAGUACCCAUUUGAUACCGUUAAAGUACGCCUCCAAUCGCAGCCUGACCACCAGCCAUUACGAUACAAUGGUCCGCUCGACUGCUUUCGACAAUCGUUUCGGCACGAUGGCGUAAGAGGACUGUACCGAGGCAUCAGUGCGCCCUUAUUUGGCGCUGCUGUAGAAACAAGUAGCUUAUUUUUCAGUUACCGGCUCUCUCAAGACAUUUUACGAGCAACAAUUUUCCCGGCUGAACAGCCCCUUCCAAUGUCUGCUCUUCUCGGCUGCGGAGCCGCAUCUGGAGCCUUCACCUCUAUCCUGCUUACGCCAAUUGAGCUCGUUAAAUGCAAGAUGCAAGUCCCUUUGACACCCUCGGCGGCAAAGCUUAGAGCUCCUGGUCCACUGGCAGUCAUUGCAUCAGUUUAUAAGUAUCAGGGACUUGGCGGAUUCUGGCAUGGUCAGCUAGGCACACUUAUCCGAGAGACUGGCGGGUCAUCCGCAUGGUUUGGAGCCUACGAAGGGGUUACUCAUCUAUUCCGCGCCUAUUCAUCGGCGCACGGUAAUCCAGAUGCUUCGCUGCCCAUUUACCAGCAACUCAUUGCUGGCGCCGCGGCCGGCAUCUCUUAUAAUUUUCUCUUUUAUCCCGCAGAUACGAUUAAAUCGCGUAUGCAGACCGAAGAUGUGAGCUUAGCUACGCAUGGAAAGCGAACCUUUUUGGGCACCGGAAAGCUUCUCUGGCGCCAACAGGGACUUGGGGGCUUGUACAGAGGCUGCGGUAUUACCGUGGCUCGCUCCGCCCCUAGUUCAGCGUUUAUAUUCACGAUUUAUGAGUGUCUGAGGGGUGCAUUUUCAUAGGCGUUUCUUUGCAUGGCGAGGGUAGAUAUCACUUGGGAAAAGGUUUGGAGCAUUUUUUGGCAGUUCGCUUUUUCAUCUUUGAAGAUGUUUGUUAGACGACUUAUAGAGGACUUUCAUGGUGUCG